UCUUCUUAACGAUGAUGCAUGCCCUCACCAACUCCGGCGCCGUACUCCUCGCCGUCUUACUCCUCUUCCUCCUCAUCUUCCUCGCCGAGCUUUCUUACAUCUUCUGUCGACCCUCGCCGUCUCCGGCAAGUAAAGAGAUGGAGGAGAAUGAUGUCGUUGCGACGGCGGAGGAGGAGGAUGUAGCCGCGGCGGACAAGUGGCGAGUGUCAAGGCUUUUGUUCACGAUCCAAGAAGAUGAUUUGGAAAUGGAAGAUGACGACGAUGACGAUGUGGUCUCUGCGGAUAACGACGGCGAACUCCGGCUUGAUAUUCCUCCGGUGAAUUAUUCCGGCGAGCCAACCCCGUUCUUGACGCCGUGUGAUUCUCCUCCGUACUUCACUCCUUCGCCAUCUUCUGGUCGGGAUAUGGAUGACGUCAUCGAUGUGUAUGACGUCGUCAGCAGCAGCAGGGGCUGUUGUUUCAAUUUACAAAGCUCUCAGAUGUCUUAAAAAUUUUGCAUAAUUUCAAUGGUGUAGAUAUAAUUAGGUGUGGAACAGUUUAGUAAUUAUUUACGGAUUUUGUCGGAAUUGUU